ACCGCCCUUCCUCCCGUGGAGCCGCCGGAGUGGGUGGCACUUGCGGCCUAGUCGCUGUUUUCAAUCCCUUCUCGGCUAAGCAGGAAGAGAGCAGUGGAUCGGUGGUGCUGAGCGGAUGCUGCCUGACCUGCUGGUGCUAUUUUUGUCUCUGAUUCCCGGGAUGUGAAAAUUGUCGUGUGACCUGAGGUUGGACAUUGGGCCAGUGUUGCCUGGGAUUUAUAAGAAAGUGAUUGCGAAGAGAUGGGACGUGCCAGUCUGGAUGCUGGGCAGCUGUAUUCCCUCAGCUGCCAAGUCCAGAGCACGAGAUCACCAUCCAGAAGAAAAGGUUCGACCUUGAGCACAGAGGUUACUUUUUUCAUUCACAGGUAGAGUGGGCAGUGAGCAAUGCCAGAACACUCUGAUGUCAGCUUAUCUCCAGAGGAACGUGUACGGGCUCUCACCAAGAAGGGAAGCUCAGUGGAUGUAAAUGACGAUGUCCCUCCACGAAGAUACUUCCGUUCCGGAGUCGAAAUCAUUCGCAUGGCGUCCGUUUACGUAGAUGAAGGCAAUUUAGAAAGUGCAUUUGUCCUAUACAAUAAGUACAUCACGCUGUUCUUGGAAAAGUUACCGAAGCAUCGGGAUUACAAGACCAGCGUAAUACCAGAGAAGAGGGAAACCAUUAAAAAGCUGAAAGAGAUUGCGUUCCCGAGAGCCGAGCAGCUGAAGAGUGAGCUUCUGCAGCGGUACGCUGUCGAAUAUGCCGAGCAUCAGGAGCUACAGCGCAGGGAGGCUGAGAAGUUUGCACAGGAGCUGGCCCGGCAGCAGGAGCUGGAGGAUGAAAAGCAGCGAGUGGCACAGAUGCGCCAACAGCAGGCCGAGCAGGAGCAGUUCCACGCCUUCGAGGAGAUGAUCAGGCGCAAGGAGCUGGAGAAGGAGAGGCUGAAGGUGCUGGAGGAGUACGCGAAACCUGAAAACUCCCCCCUGCCCAAAGACUUCCCCCUGGUACCGGGUGUUCAGGGGCCACCAGAUAAUCUUCCUCCUGCUUCGCCCACUGCAGCUCUCCCGAAUGCAGUGCCACCCAUCGUAGAUCGAUCAAAGAAACCCACAACAUUUGGAACCAACUGGAACAAUUUUUCAGCAGACAGGCUACGGAACAUGGUGGUGCCGAAGAGCCUAUGUCAGCAAUUCCUCCAACUCAGUGAGGCCAACACUGCCCGAGGAGUGGAGACCUGUGGCAUUCUCUGCGGCAAACUGAUGCAGAAUGAGUUCACUAUAACCCAUGUGCUGGUGCCGAAACAGACUGCAGGUCCUGAUUACUGUAAUACGGAGAACGAAGAGGAACUCUUUCUGAUUCAGGACCGAGAUGACCUCAUAACCUUGGGCUGGAUCCACACUCAUCCCACCCAGACUGCAUUCCUGUCCAGUGUGGAUCUUCACACCCACAGUUCCUACCAGAUCAUGCUCCCAGAGGCCAUUGCUAUUGUUUGUUCCCCCAAAUACCAUGAGACUGGCUUCUUCAGACUGACUGACCACGGCAUGGACGAAAUCUCUUUCUGUAAGCAGAAAGGCUUUCAUCCGCAUCCCAAGGACCCACCCCUGUUUAAUGCCUGUUCACAUACUUCCAUCAUGGAGACAAAUGUUACAGUGCUGGACCUUCGGUGAUUGAUGCCGAGACUCCUGACCAUCCUUGGUUUCCAUAGAAACCACUAAGCAUAAAGUCAUGGUCUUGAGUACCCUAGGCCGAAGACUCUACAACUCUAACCCUUCCAGAUUUGUGUCACUUUGUUUAAUUGAGGAGUUUUCAAUUUGAUUUUAAUCAGUCUAAAAUACAACUUAAUAUAUUGUCAGAUCUAAAAUUUGUCUCGUACAGAAAGUGGGAGCGCCUUUCAUUUAAAAUCCCACAUUGCUGCACUUAAACCAAUGAAACUUGGAAGAUGAAGUAAGGUGCCUCGCUAAUAGGUUUUUGUUGUGUUAACUCUCACUGCACUUUGACUUUUGUUAACCUUAAUGGGCCCAAUUGUUGUCGCUUUGCACAUAAAUAAAGCAAGUUUGGACAUUUA